GGCGGAGGCAAGCAGCAACAGCGGCAGCGGCAGCAACACCACCGACGCUCCCACGACUACCACCAUCACCAAACACCCCACAGACCGCAGGGCUCCACCGUCCCCUCCUGGCCCCAGAAAGCACUAGUGGAAACUGAAGAUGGCGAGUCUGGGACCCCGGGAGGAGGAGCAGGAGGGAGGAUGCUGUGCGCGGGCAGCCGCCUUGGCUGCACCGGCUGCCCCUGCGGCCGCCGGCGAGGAGGAGGAGGAGGCUGCGCCCGCGGCGGCCGACACCGAGCGGGGGGCCGCGGCCGGGGGCCCCCCGCCUUUGGAGGAGACCGCGGCGGGGCCGUGGGAAGAGCAGGCAGCGGCCGGCGGUCGCGUCACCGCCGCGGCGACUUGGCUGCUGGAGGAGCCGGUGCUGCUGCUGAGCUGCUGCGUCGGGGAUGCUUUGAGCUGGCGGAGGCCCCUCCGCAGCCUGGUGGGCUUUGUCUGCGCCAACCUGCUGUUCUGGUUUCUUGCACUGACACCCUGGAGAGUGUAUCACCUGAUUUCAGUCAUGAUACUUGGGCGUGUAAUUUUGCAGAUAAUAAAAGAUAUGGUAUUAUCUAGAAUGAAAGGUGCACAAUUGUGGAGGAGCCUCAGUGAAAGGGCUGAAAUGCCUGAAGGUGAGGACUUUGGACCAGGCGAAAGCUGGGAAGUGGUAAAUUCCAAAGUGGAUGAAAAGCCCAGACUCAGCCAAUGUAUUACAGAAUCAUGGAUGAACUUCAGCUUAUUUCUUCAAGAAAUGGCAGCCUUUAAGCAGCAGAACCCUGGCAAGUUUUGCCUCCUGGUCUGCAGUGUGUGCACAUUUUUUACAAUCUUAGGAAGUUACAUUCCUGGAGUCAUACUCUCCUACUUUGUAUUACUCUGUGCCUUUUUGUGUCCACUGUUUAAGUGCAAUGAAUUUGGACAAAGAGUAUACAGCAAGAUCAAGUCAUUUCUGCUGAAAUUAGAUUUUGGAAUAGGAGAAUAUAUUAACCAAAAGCGGCGAGAGAGAUCUGAGGUAGAUAAAGAAAAAAAUCACAAAGAUGACAGUGAAUUAGACUUUUCAGCCCUUUGUCCUAAGGUUAGCCUUACAACUGUUGCCAAAGAGCUAUCCGUGUCUGACACAGACGUAUCAGAGGUCUCUUGGACUGAUAAUGGGACCUUCAAUCUAUCUGAAGGAUGUACUCCACAGACGGACACUUCUGAUGAUCUCGACCGACCCAGUUUACAGGAGGAAGCUUUCUCUAGAGAUCUUUCAGAAUUUCCAUCUCUAGAAAAUGGCAUGGGAACAAAUGAUGAAGAUGAAUUGAGCCUUGGCUUGCCCAUCCAGUACAAGAGAAAAAAAGAGCAGCUGGAUAGUGGUCACAGACAGAGCAAAGAGAGGCCCUCAGCAUCUGGUCUUACCCUCCCUCUGAGCAGUGACCAAACCAUUCACUUGAUGGGUAAUCUUGCUGGUGAUGUCAUUGUAGCUGCAAUGUCUGCUGCCAUCAAAGACCAGUUGCAGCAGGGAAUGCAGAAAGCAUCUUCCCAGCCUGCACCCAGCCCAGGGGAAGACACAGACACAGAAGAAGGUGAUGAUUUUGAACUACUGGACCAGUCAGAGCUCGAUCAGAUUGAGAGUGAACUGGGACUUACACAAGACCAGGAUGCAGAACCACAACAAAAGAAAUCUUCAGGCUUCCUUUCAAAUUUGCUGGGAGGCCAUUAACUUGGGAAUCAGAGCUUGCAACAGAGCAGAAAUAAACCACAAAAAAAUUUAAAACAAACAAAAAGAAAAAAAAGAAAAUUAUAUGAGCUGUGAGCUUUAACUAUUACUUUAGAUUUGUUGUCCUAUUUUCCCUUCUGCAGUGAAUUAACUGGAUACUUAUCAGCUGAAACUGAAAAUUUAAUGUUUCUGAUCAUUAUACCUUGACCUAAUAGCAUGGAAACAAAUUGUAUAUCCACUGUGUUAUCAGAGAGGAAUGUUAACAGAUUUUGCUUUACAAGGAAAAGGUCAAAGUUUAGAGUUAUACAACCCUCCGAGUAUUCUCUAUCCUUUUCAUCACACUUCAUCUCUCAAACCUGCAAAGCAGUUUAUUGCAGCACAAAAAAGACAAGUGUUGCAAACAUAAUAUAAAUAGCUUUAUGCUAUCCUUUCCCCCUAGUAUUUUGAAAUGGUUUUUAAAAUUUGAUGUUAAAGAAUCUUCUCAUCUCUUUUUUUUUAAUUUAAGAACUUGGACAGCACUACCAAAAUGAAUUAAAUAGGAAAAUGAAAUGAUUUUACAUAAACCAUUAUUUUAAACUCUUUGGAUAGGCUGAUACAUUUCCAUGUUAUUUCUGCAGUUGUAGAUUUAUAGAUUUGUAAAGUGGUCUGCUCCUAAAUCGAUUGCCAUCAAAAAGCAAGUAUUGCUUAUGUCAUGCAGAUGCUGAUCAUGAUGUAAACAUACAAAAUUUCUGUUGUAUUUUUUGUUCGUCAAAUGGUUGUGAUAGGGAUUUUGUGAGUGCUGAUAUUUAACAUAAACGGGCCUUCUUCCUACACAGAUACGGGCUGAAGAUAUAUUUAUCUCCUCCAUUAAUUGAUGAAACAGCAGCCCCUAAAACUGUGGAGCUCUCUCUCCAGUCUAUGCUGUGGUUUGUGAAUGUCAGCUGCCAAGCAGAAUUAUUUAGUCCCAUGCCCUGGUCUGGAUAGUUUAAGCAAGAUAGGAAUUCACUUUGUUUGGAAAUGUAUUUAUUUGUCAUUUUAAGUCUACACAUGUAAUCUCUUCAUGAUUUGGGUUCUGGAAUAGACUUUAUCAAAAUAUUACAAAAACUUUUUGGAUAAUCUAUAAAUAACUAAACUUGUUAUAAGGAACAGAUUUGUUAUUAAGGAACAAAGAAAGACAUUAAGCCAAUUUAUUAAUGUGAAACUGAGAAGGGUUGAGGGACCAUGUCAGCUAUUAUGAUAAAACCCAAUAUAGCUGGCAUUUUAAAAGAUGAACAUGGUCACCUGGGACCCUCAGAAAGGAAGGACAAUCCCACCAUAUAGGAAGCCUAUUUUUCUCUCCUUUUCUUUUGUUUACCUGCUUUAUCUUCCUAAAGAAAAAUUAUAGGUAAUCCUACAUUUUAAUGUAGUGUAACUUAUUUAUUUUUUUUCUUUCUGAGGUAUUAAAAAUCUAGACUGAAUUUGCCAAAUAUGUAGGAAGAAAAGUUACAUAAGACUUUUGACAUUUCGUAUUUGUUAUUGCUGUGCUUUUGUCUGUAGGUGCCUAGUGGCUGUGUUUGCUUGUCCUUUUUGGUAUAAAGUGAGUCUGUGCCUUUGUUAUCUUGCCCAUUCUGGAACAAAGGAAAACUUUGUUAGAUAAAUUGUGUGGUUUUGGGGAAAUAUGUCCUAAUUCCAUUCAAUGAAAGUUUCUGGACAUGAAGAAAAAGUUAUAUAUUAAUAUUGUAAUAGUUUCCAGCUCCUUUCUUCAUGUGUGCUUCCUGGUAAAAACAUUCUUGUCCGGGAUUUCCAAACCAUUUCCAUUUCAAUUUCUAAUUUGAGGAAAAAAAUACAGGUUUUCCCCUCCCCCCUUAGUGUACCUAUAAGACAAUCCAGGUAGUCAUAAAAGUAUAGAGAGGAUGAGCCUAACAGAAGAUUGUCAAGAGUUGACUUAUGUGAUGGAUAAACAAUGAAAUGUUAGAGGGUCAAAUAUUUAAAAAUAUAUAAAUUAAAAGGGGCUUGGGGUGGGGUGGGAGUUGGCUUGGGUAAAGGUGUUACCAGGAUUGCAAGGGUAGCAGAUCAGACAUACUAGAUUUCUUUAAACAGCGGCAUUGUAAGCAAGUGUGCACUUUAAUGCUCUUGGCUCAAAAAUAAAUGUGAUAAUGAUGAUGUAUCCAACAAAACAGAACUCUUCUCAAAACAUUAAUUAAACCAAGAAACAUAUAAUGAAAGGAGUAGUUGUCGAGGCUUUUUGUAUUAUAAUCCUUUUUCUGGUUUUGGGAUAUAGUUGUAAAUCAGUUGUGCAUUUGCCCUUGUGUUUCACAACUUGUGUGUGUCAUCUGGCACAUUGGAAAAAAAAAAAGCAGUUUCCCCGUAGUGAUCUUGCUACACAUGCUUUAUCACAAGAACAUACUACAGCAUUGUAUUUUUUCCUCUGUAUCUCUUUAAAAAUGUUUUAAAAUCUCCUAUCAAAUCAAAAAGAAUUCAGUCAAUGUGAACCAGGUGUACCUUUGUGAUCCUAAAUGUAUUAGAGUAAUUGUUCUCUAAUUUCACACAGAACAUUCUGAGUAAUGGUAUGUAAUAAUACAGCAUAGGUGAUUAUAUACUGUGUUUUUUAAAAUAACAAAAUAGGAAGUGGAGGUUUACUAUGUUGGAAGAUAAAAUUGGACCUUGAAGAAAAGACUUUUCCCAUUUUGAACCAGCCUUUGUUUCUCCCUUGUGCUGUUAGCUUAAAAAUAGAUUCUCCCCCACCAAGGACCUUUUUAGAAUCAUAGACUGUUAGAGCUGAGAGAGACAUUAUAAUUCAUCUAAUCCAAUCCCUUCAUUUUACAGAUAAAGAAACUGAGGCCCAGAAAGUAGAAUGUAAGCUCCUCUGAGGGCAGGACCUGUUGAGUUUUUUUUUCUAUUGGUCUUUGUCUCCCCAGUGUCCAGCACAGAGCUUUGAAUAUUGUUGGCAGUUAAUAAAUGCUUAUUCAGUUAAUAAAGAAGCAUCUGUUUUACAGCCAUGUAACAAGAGUGGGGGAAAGCAAUGUUUUUUUAAAAAAAUUCAAGUUUUGGUAUAAAAAAGUUGAGGGAUCUUAUUUUGUUCAAAUAAUUCUAUUUCCUCCAUUUAAGGGGGAAAAAAUCACACACCCUAGAAUAAUGUUAAAUUUGUCUUUAGUUUUAAAAAUAAGAUCGUUGUCUAAGAGAAAUAUAGCAACUUCAGCUUUCAUAUUAAACACUAUUUAUUUAAGGAGUUUGUCCUUAAUGUAAAAAAUUUUACAACAUUUGUGCAGAGCUGCUGUGCUUGGCACUGUGGGAGAAACAGAUUAAAUUAGGAAUAGUUUCUGCCUUCAUGCAGUUUACUGCCAAGUUUGAGGGUCAGGCUGGAAUAUUUAAAAUAGAUUUCUGAUUUGGACCACUCAAAAUAUCCUAUAUUUAGUGGUGAGAGUGGAAUUAUUCUGGGAGAUUUGACUAAACUACCAUUCAAUGAUAGAUGUUAAAAGGUCCAAGAAUUAGAUAUUUAUGCAUUCCUAUCCCUCCUUUCCACUGCUAUCUUAAUCUGGCCUAAGCCAGAUGGGAAGAAGUAAAUCUGGGUUCUAGUUCUAUUAUUAUGGCCUGAAGUAAAUCAAUUAACUACCCAAAUGCCUCAGUUUCACCUUCCAUAAAAUGAAGAUUCUUAUACUUCUUUCUACUCUACCUCACCAUGAUAUUGUGAGAGCAAAAAAGAAAGUUAAUUCCUUAGACAAAAGGCGCUGUAUAAAAACCAAGGUAUUCAUUAUUAUUUCACAGUGUAAUUUAUGAUGUCUUCCUUUGAGCAUUAAAAUAAAGGCAACAUGCAGGUGCCUACUCAAAUGAAAACUCUGAUAGGAUUUUCAUGGCUUUGCACAAAUGCAUACUUUCGUGUACUGACUUGGUUUUAUUUUGUGAAUGUUUACGAAGGAAGGCUAAAUGACAAUUAUAAUUGAGCAGAAUUUUAUGAAAUAUUAAAAUCAAUUUUUAUUUAGUUUGGGUUCAUUAUUCACUCUUAACUGAAUAAGAAAAACCUUGGGCUAAGGAGAACCCCCAGAAGUCAAUUGGUCUAUUCAGAGUAAAGUCUAUGAACCAAACACUGUGACAGAUACCUUAGCAUCAAUUCAAGUUUAAUGUGAUUGUACCGUAUUAAUCACCUGUAGACUCCAUAUAUCCAGAUAACCAGAAAUUUAGGAGGUUGCAAAAUGUCUUAAAACUGUUUAUGGAAGUAUCCUUUGCAGCACUUUACUUAACAUGAAUGUUUUAUAAACAUGGAAUAAUUGAUAGCAAUUGCAAUUGUUUGUAAACCAUUUAAUAAAUGUCUGUUAGUUUUUACCUGUCA